CGGGCGGGCGGUCGCGCUCCCUCCGUGGCCGAGCACUCGGGCGGGCUGCGAGCAGGCGGGCGAGGAUGGAUGUGGCCGUGGACUUGUACCUGGCGGUCCCGCUGCUUUUCACCGUCCUGGCUCUCGUUCUCGCCGCCCUCUUCGUGAGGAUGCGGGCGGGCGAAGGGGAACGGGCGGCCGAGCGGCCCCGGGAGCCGGCGGCGGCGGAGCCGGCCCGGGAGGACAGCCCCGGCGCCGGGGGCCAAGCGGAGGCUGCGGGCUCGGCCGAGGAGCCGCGGGCCGAGGGGACCCGCGUGUCGGUGGAGGAGGUCGGGGCGGGCCAGGGGGCGGCGGCGGAGCCGGGCCCCGCGGCGGCCGGCAGCGUCCCCGGGCAGCCCGCCCAGCCCCGCCGGGAGCCCGGGCGCCGGGAGCACGAGGAGAGCCAGAUGCCUCCUUUGGAUGCCUCAGCUGAGUCCAACCUCGGGCACAUGGGACAAGCAGAGGAUGGAGGUGACCACGAAGUGCUCUCCAGCCAGGUAGAGGAGGAAGACCUGGACUCAGAAAAUGAGAAGCUGGUGGUGAGAGAGCCGGAGGAUGAGGAUGCUGCAGAUGAGACAUUCUCUUUUAAAUACAGUCCUGGAAAGCUGAGGGGAAACCAGUACAAGUCAAUGAUGACCAAAGAAGAACUCGAGGAAGAGCAAAGGAUUGAGCUGACCUCUGAUCUCACAUCUCUGUAGCAAGUACCUUAGGUCCUCGGCCACAAACAUUCUUACAAACCUUUUUGAACUGAAGACUAUAUGAAGUUGUCCCUAGCCUCCUCCUAAAGGCAUCCCUUGGCAUCUUUAAAGGCUUGAGAGAAAUACCAAAACCAACCAAACACACCCAUAAGAGAAAUCCAUAAACCCUCAAAACUUGGGAUCCCCUCUUGGUCUGAAGUUGAGUUCUUCAAAAACUCCUGUGGUGUCAAGUUGAGGAGAUCCUGUUGUGCAGCUCCAUGGACUGGGGCUGGGUCCAAGCAGUGACUUGAGUUGUGUUUGGGGGCCAAGGAUGAAGCUCUCCUCCCUCUCCCUCAAACAGAACCCAAACUGGAUACUAGAGAUGCAGCGAGUCUAUUAGUUGUGUUCAUUAGCAUGUAUUAGGCCUGCCAUGAAAUCUGUGGUGUUCCUUUAUCAGGGUGGGCCAACCAUAGCUCUUGACCUUACACCAGACUAUCAAGUUGUUUCUUCCUGGGGCCAAACUCAUCUGUAUUGCUGGGGGUGGGAACUGCCUACCAUUUCAAAUGUUGUGCAACACUGCUUUAUUCUGAGGGGUGGAGGGACAAAGUGAGGUCCAAGUGAGGGAUGGCAGAUGGUAGCUGGACUGACUCAAAUCUUGCUUCUGUCCUUAUUUUAGCAGAGAGCUGAUUCUGUAGGCAGCCAGAACUCGAGAAUUGGCAGAGAUUGAUAGUUGAGCUGUUCUGUGUGUGGUGGAGGUUCAGGAGACCACACUGUGGCUGCUGUUAGGAUCUGGAUUCUCACUUUUCCCUACUCCAGUUUCCAUGAGGAGAGACCCAAGGAGAUAGCUGUGGCAUCAGAAGUUCCCUCUGGCUCAGGAUGAGAUAGUGAGGGUCCUGGAAGAGGCACCCUCCCCAUUCCUCUGCCUGCUUGCUGUUCCAGUGUCUCUUGCUAGCCCUGUGGCUUGUGCACUGGAGCCAGAGCUCAGCAUUGCACCUCAGCUCUCUCACAUAUAGAAGAUGAAUUUGGCUGGGUGAAGAUACCUGCUUUGGGUUUCAAGUCAAACCCAGCUGGCUUGUGAGAGUGAAAAGAGGUUCUGAGUCCUCUAGCAAUGCUGUAGAAACACCAGGCUGGGUGAGGAUGUGUCCUUCAACGUUUGUCUUUCACUGCAGGACAACUGCCUCUUGGCUAAGGCUGCAAACAUAUCAGAAACACAACAGGCUGCUUUUGGUUCUUUCCUUUUCGAUUCCUAUGCAGACAAUACUUGAAACCUUGUACACAGCUGUCCUUUCCAGCACCUGGGCUUGGCAAAGUUGUAAUAAAAGGGCUCAUUUAAAGAACAGCAGAAGACUUCAGCUUUAGAAGAGGCUGGGUUAUUCCAUCCCAGCGACAACUGCAAGCGGGUUGGGUGGUUUGCAUAUGAAUUCAGGCACAUGUGGAUCCCCUGCUUCAAAGUCCAGCUGGUACAGCCGCUGUCUGCCCUCACUGCUGACUGGCUGGCUGUGUCCCCAGCACCUGACUAUGCAAAGAAUGCCUUAUAUAUACAUUGUGUUGAAGUUACAUGGCAGCAUUGUCCAUCGAGCAAAGUCUAUAGUUUUGAGUCCAGAUUUUUUGCUAGUGGCAGCGAGUCAGAACUAUUUCUUCAACUCCAAUGGCUGUCUGGGUAUUUUUUACUUUUGUUUUGUUUGUUUUGUAUCUGAUGGUGGCUCUUACACAAAGGACUGUAAUUCUAGUGGCUUGAAUCUGUAAAAAUUGCCUUUGUUUGGUCCAAUAAACCUUGGAAUAGUUUA